AUGCUCUGCAACAUAAUCUUCAGCAAACCAGUCACCCCCGACAGGCGGCCAAGCGGGUCGCCCACAGCCGGGCAGUGGCGGCGCGCCGGGAGUGCCUGGCUCGGCAGGAGGAGUGGGACCCGUCCGCCCUCUACCGCCACGGGUGGAGGCACCUCCGGAGGCACUCCAGAGGCACUGGUGAAGGAGCCCAGCCGUCCGCCUCGGCCUGGGGGUCGCCGGAGGUUCCUGUGCCGCACGGCGGGGCCGAGGACCGUCACCUCGGUGCCUGCAGCGGGGCCAGGGCCUUGUGACCCCGGGGCCAGGCGAAUGACGCGGGGCUCGCCUCGGUGCCACCUGGAGACUGCCUCGGUGCCACCUCGGGACUGCCUCGGUGCCACCUGGGGACUGCCGGCCAAUGGCGGGGGCAAGAGGCCGCCGCCACCGCGCCGAGCGGCCAGCAGCUGGGGCGCCUCGUCGCCCACACGCCCACUCCCCGGAGAGAGCGGCGGCGUUGCGGGCCCCGGCUGUUGA